AGAGCAUCCGGGCGUGAUGCCUAAGGGCGCAGGGGAGCUGGAGACUACCUAGAGGACCAGAAGACAGAGUGCGAGAGUCGAGCUGACUGCCAUGCAGCUGGGGAAGUCCGACGAGCGCGGGAACGCCUAGCCAGGGACCCAGCCUAGGGUCAGGGCUCCGGGUGGGGCUCCGGAGAGGCGAUGGAGCAAUCUCCCGGGGGUUCCCGACCUGGCGGCGACUCCAGCUCAACACAGCCGAGCCAAGACAAGGCCCACAGCUGCCCCCGACCCCCCCAACUCUCUUGUUUGUCUUCAAGUCCGGCCGGAACCGGCUUCUGCUUGCCGGGGGGCGGGCGGGUGGAUGCUGAUUGGUCAACGCCUGUUUCCAGCCCCCACUCAGCCAAUCAGCAGGCAGCAGUGUUUUCAUCUUAGGGUCGGAAUAAAAGGGCUGGAAUAAAAGAGGGCAGAAAAAGCGCCGGGCGGGCCCGAUACACAUCAGUAGGAGCCGGGUGGCUGCAGAGCCGGGCCGCCGCGCAGCGCCGCACCAUGGCGCCCACCCUGGCCACUGCCCAUCGGCGCCGCUGGUGGAUGGCCUGCACCGCCGUGUUGGAAAACCUCCUCUUCUCGGCAGUCCUCCUGGGCUGGGGCUCGCUGCUCAUCAUGCUCAAGUCGGAGGGCUUCUACUCCUACCUAUGUACUGAACCAGAAAAUGUCACCAAUGGCACAGUGGGGAGCACUGCAGAGCCAGAGCACGAGGAGGUGAGCUGGAUGAAUGGCUGGCUCAGCUGCAAGGCUCAGGACGAGAUUCUAAAUUUGGCCUUCACUGUGGGCUCCUUCCUGCUUAGUGCCAUCACCCUGCCCCUGGGCAUCAUCAUGGACAAGUAUGGUCCAAGGAAACUCAGACUGCUGGGCAGUGCCUGUUUUGCUGUCUCCUGCUUACUGAUUGCAUAUGGAGCCAGUAACCCAAACUCUCUCUCAGUACUCAUCUUUAUCGCCCUGGCUUUGAAUGGCUUUGGUGGAAUGUGCAUGACCUUCACCUCAUUAACGCUGCCCAACAUGUUCGGCGACCUUCGGUCCACAUUUAUUGCCCUGAUGAUUGGAUCCUAUGCCUCCUCCGCAGUUACCUUCCCAGGAAUCAAGCUCAUCUACGACUCAGGUGCCUCUUUCAUCAUCAUUCUUGUGGUCUGGGCCGGCUGCUCUGGGCUGGUUUUCCUCAACUGCUUCUUUAACUGGCCGCUGGAGCCCUUCCCAGGGCCAGAAGACAUGGACUACUCGGUGAAGAUCAAGUUCAGCUGGCUGGGCUUUGACCACAAGAUCACAGGGAAACAGUUCUACAAGCAGGUGACCACUGUGGGACGCCGCCUGAGCGUGGGCAGCUCCAUGAGGAGCGCCAAGGAGCAGGCGGCACUGCAGGAGGGCCACAAGCUGUGCCUGUCCACUGUCGACCUGGAGGUGAAGUGCCAGCCAGAUGCUGCAGCGGCCCCCUCGUUCAUGCAUAGUGUGUUCAGCCCCAUCCUGCUGCUCAGUCUGGUCACCAUGUGCGUCACACAGCUGCGGCUCAUUUUCUAUAUGGGGGCCAUGAACAGCAUCCUCGAGUUCCUGGUCAGCGGCGACCAGAAGACAGUGAUGGCCACGGUCGCCCUCUAUACCUCCAUCUUUGGCGCGCUCCAGCUGCUGUGCCUGCUGACUGCCCCCGUUAUCGGCUACAUCAUGGACUGGAGGCUGAAGGAGUGCGAAGAUGCCUCUGAGGAGCCUGAGGAGAAAGACACCACCCAAGGUGAGAAGAAGAAGAAGCGAGACCGGCAGAUCCAGAAGGUUACCAAUGCCAUGCGGGCCUUUGCCUUUACAAACCUGCUGCUUGUGGGCUUUGGGGUGACUUGCCUCAUUCCCAAUCUGCCUCUACAGAUCUUCUCCUUCAUCCUGCACACCAUCGUUCGAGGAUUUAUUCACUCUGCUGUUGGGGGCCUGUAUGCUGCUGUGUACCCCUCCACACAGUUCGGCAGCCUCACAGGACUACAGUCUCUGAUCAGUGCACUCUUUGCUCUCCUGCAGCAGCCACUGUUUUUGGCUAUGAUGGGUCCUCUCCAAGGAGACCCUCUGUGGGUGAAUGUGGGGCUACUCAUCAUGAGCAUGCUGGGGUUCUGCCUGCCCCUCUACCUGAUCUGCUACCGGCGCCAGCUGGAGAGGCAGCUGCAGCAGAAGAGGGAAGAUGACAAGCUUUUCCUCAAGAUCAAUGGCUCAUCCAACCGGGAGGCCUUCGUGUAGCACUCGCCACCUCAGGACUAUGGCCUCCUGCCCAUGCUUCAGUGACUGACCAGUGUCCUCCUCCUCACCCCAGAGGACCCCAUGCACCCCCAGGAUCCUCUCCUUCACCAUGUUGGAGUCCAUGCUCCCUCCCAGGGCUUUGGUCCUGCCUUGGAGCUCUGCGGUGAAAGGACAGGAGAGGGCCCAGGAUGAGCGAUUUUCCUACUGUUGGAAGCAGGCUGCCCUGGCUUUGCUCUGCCACCCCUAGGGACCCUAGGGCCUUGGGUGUCCAUGGUGCCUGCAGGAGGAGCCAAAAGCACCCCCAGCAAGCAGGCUCUCUCCCUUAAAGGUCUGGAUUCUGCCUCUUGCCAAAGCAGAGGGACCUGCCAUCUACUGCCCACCACCUGCCUCUUGGCUGCAUGCCCACCGACCACACCUGCCUGAGGACAAAGGCUUGCACUGUCUGCAACCCCCUCGCCUGGCCCCUCAGCCUCCUCCCAUGGUCAGUCUGUGGCUGCCUGAGGAAGGAAGGACCCGCUUCCUGUUGUUGGUGCUAACCCCUUUGUAAUCCCAGCCCCCUGUGGCCUGUCCUUGGCUUGUCCUCUCAUUUGAGGCCUAUGGAGAAGCCCCCUGGCACAUAGCCUAGGGCAGAUGGAGGGCAGGAUGGUCAUACAAAGCCUCAGGAGCCAUGGACCAGGCUGCUUGGUUGUUCCUCACCUCCUCCCUCAGGGCUGGGGGCAGGUGGGGAGCAUGUUUCCACUGCCACCCUCGGUCUAGUCUGUGACCUGAAGGGAAUUAAAGGGCACCACCAGGGUACCUCCCCGACACACACACACAGCUGUUUCUGUGGGGUGAAAAUAAGGCUGUGCUGACAGACAUGGAGGCCCAGGCCCGCACAGGAAAGGAGAUUGAUGAGGAACUAUGGGGAUGUAUGUUUGUGCAGAAUGUGUGUACAUAUGUGGUGUGUGUGAGAUGAGGGUGAACCCUAGGGUCUGCCCUGAUCCCCACCAACCAGACCAGAAGCCCGCUGGGCCUGGGCAGUUCCAGGGCUCAGGAGUCAGCCUUACUCUUGACCAGGAGCUUGUCCAGAGUCACGGCGCCCCCUGCUGGCAGAUCUGCCAGGGCCCUGGAGCUGUUUACAUGGGAGAAGCCAAGCCUGCCUGGCUGGCCAACCGGCCCAACUUGACUGCCCCCAGAAAUGUGUCUGAGACCUGCUGGGUGCUGAGAGGAGUGGGUUGAUUUUUAGGUCUUUAGUUGUUUUUCUCUUAAGUUUUAUUAUACUUCUUUUUAUAAAGCAAUAAAUCCAUUUUCCUCCCAAGUAAGGGCCGCCCCGCCUACCAUAUCAGUUGAUGGCGGUAUGUGCCUGUUUUGAGCCUGAGAAGAAAAGACAGGACAAGAUGUUCUGCCACUGACCAGCCCCAGCUGUACUCGGCUGCUCAUCAUUUCUCGGGUGACCUGACUGGGGAGGGGCAGUGAGCCAGGAAAAGACCUUGCGUCUGCCUCCACCCCAGACAAAUUGGGCUGUGCAGAAGUGUGGGCCACCCCUCUACUGUCUGUCCCAGCCAGACAGCUAAUCCUGACCCCGUCUCAGCACCUACACAGAUUUCCUGUCACUGCUCCACACCCAAUGAUUCCUCCUGAGUGCAGGAUGAGAACCGCAGUCUUGGAGAACAGUGUCAGGAUGUGGUGGACAAACAGAAGAGGAAGGGACAGACCCAGGCCUAAUUUGAGCCCCACAGUAAAAGUAAACCACCGAAUCUCCUAGGCUCAAGUUUACUUAAAUAUUAAGACUCACAACCCAUCUGGAGCACUAUAAUCCCAAAGGCCAGGGAAGCUGAGGCAAGAAAAAUGACAAAUUUGAGGCCAACCUUGGCAACUUAGCAAGACCUUCAACAAUUUAGUGAGAUCCUAUCUUUAAAAGGGUUGGGGAUGUAGCUCAAUGGUAAAGGACCUUAUGUUCAAUAACCAGUACCCCCCCAAAAAAAAUAGAAAUCACAACCCAAAAACAUAAUGGGCUUGGGAAUGUAGCUCAGUGGUAGAGCACAUAGUAAGCCUGUGUUAGACCUUGGGUUCCAAACCCGCCACCUCCCUUGUCCCCCCACAGCCCCCAAAAGGAAACCACUGACAUUUUCCAAACCACUUCCCAGAUGCUGGUAUGUGAUGUGUUAAUGGUUAUUCUAAUUUAAAAGGUUUGUAGUCUAAUUUUGGAAAUGCUGAGUUAAAGUCAAGCAUGUUCCUUUGUAACAAGCAUUCUCAUGGUCCUCAUGGUGUUGAGGGUCUCCAAGAAAGGGUAUGUGUGCUGCCAAGGCCCCACUCUAACCACCAGAGCCAUCUCCAACGUGGCUACCUGCCACAGAGCUCCAGGGUGUUGGUAGAGUUGUAGAUCCCGGUACUGGCCUCUGACUGGUGGUUCUGGUGUCUCCCAAAGUUUGAGAUGCCCUGGUGAAGAGGAGAGCAGGAAUGCUGACCAGCGAGGUCCCUUCCAGCUGGGAACCGGUGUUGAUGUUGGAUAGAUGGCCUGUGCGCUGCCCAGCAGCACCCAGACCCAGUGCCCACACCCUUAGGGAGGGGCACUUUGAAGGAAGAUGCCAGCACUGAGAAACUAGAAGUGAUGGUGGAAAACAAUCUGCAGCCAUCAGUGAGUGGGGAUUAGAGGAGUGACAAGGGGAGCCAGCUACAGAGGUGGUAGCGAGCCAGAUGGGUUGGUACCCACUAGUCAGGAUGUGGGACUGUCAUGCUGCCUUUUUACAGAGCUACAUAUUUUCUUGUUACUAUCAAUAAAUCAUGGUAACAAUCUAGAAUUAAAUAGAUACUAGCAUCCCUAUUUUACAGCUGGAAAAACUGAGGCCCAGAGAGGUGGAGUAACUUGCCCAGGGUUAAGGGCAGGGCUUACAUAUGGGUUUUAAGACAUUUGACCAACCAAGGCCUCUAGACCAGGACAUUCCCUUCUGAGCAGCAGCCUCAGGGCUUCUGGAGCAGGGCAGCAACAGCCCAAGAAGGGGAGGAAGCUUAGGUAGAGUUUUCAUUUCUUGGAGCUAAGAACUUUAUUAGAAAGGGUGGUGAAACCUAUCCAAUAGGGUCUUUGGGCCGUGGAGGCUGAUGGGUACUUGAGGGUGCAAUUCCCUAGAUGCCCCAACCUCAAGAGGAAUACCCUGAGAUGGAGACUGAUCGCAGGCAGGGGACACCAAGUGGCCAUAUCCCUCUCACCUUCACCUUUGUCCUCCAAGCGGGGAAGUAACAGGAAGUGAUGUCUAGUCUUGUGGUUUCAGAGUGAGGAAAGGGGCAGAGCCAGGCUUAGGGACACUGCCAGGAACCCCUCUCCUCUCUAGUCUCCCUAGACUCUGGGAUCAAGGCAUCCUUUCAUGUUGGCUUCCUCCGAACCCCCUAGGCCUCGGCCUACAGCUCCCACUGCUGGGGCCUGUACAUAGAGACCAUUCCAACCCUCCCAAAGGCCAAAGAGAAGUUUCGGGCCCUCAGGGACUCCUUCCUGUUUUGUUCCACCUCUUUCCCUCCUGUGCCCAGUAUUGUCCCAAUCAGAAGAACUCCUCCACAGACCUUCCUUAACCAUGGCACUGCCUGUCCCAGGCAGUCUGAGGAGGACCUCACAUUGCUCUAGGCUGAAAGGACACUGAAAAUGGGGAGGACUGUCCCAGACAGUAGCACACACAUUCAGCUAUGUGGAGUUUUCAGUGCACCUGCCUGUUAAGACCUGUGUGAAUUUGAGUAGAUAUAUUUGGGGGAGGUGGGCCAGGUGAUGUGGGACUGGGGACAAGCUCUGAGUGACCUGUGGUGAGGGGCUGUAAAAUCUCAUCAGAAUCAGGCUUCAGGGGCCAUUUCAGCAGCAGCUCCCCUUCCCUCCCCGAGGGGUGACAUGAGGGUUCUCAUGGGCUCUUAGGGCAGCAAGGUGUCGAUUACCAGGGGCCCAACUUAAGAGUGAUGGCCUGUUUUCCCCAAAUAUAGAUGAUAGGCUUAUGAGGGUUAAGAACUUAGGACCUUCAAAGUGAGGGUGUUAUGUAUCCUCAGUCUGCAGGCCUCCCCUGGAGUUGGGGGGGAGGGUCAGCGUAAGCAGGCAGGCUCCAUAGACUACUCCUCCAUGUCUGACUCACCCUGAACUUCCCAGGUGUCAGGGCGGUGCAUCAUCCUCCGUGAGGGCGUCCUGCCACAGCUCCGGCCUCCCUGCCAGCAUGGAGCCACUGCCUGUGCCCCAUGUUCUCUGUAGUUAGUCAUUCUCCCCUCCUGAGCAGGGUCUCUGCACUGACAUCUCCCUGACCUUGACCCUUCUCUGAGGCAAACUCAAAAGCUCCAUCUCCGUCAAGGAGACAGCGAGGGAGGAGCAGCCAAGUGAAUAUGAGGGCAAAGCACCUGCACGGUAGCGUACCUGGCACUGAACAGAGACUUAUCCACAGCGGCACUAUUUUUGUAGCCCUGACACAGAGCAGACAGCACAGUGAGGCACCCCUCACACACACUCACCCACAUCCAUAUGACAGGAUGUGGAUCUACUUAGGGUGGAUCUGACCAUGACAGGACCAUGGCCAAGUAAAGCAAGUGAGGUCUGUUCCUGCUGACCCCACUCCUCCCAUAAUCCCUUUCUCAGCAAAGCCUUAAGCUAUUUUCCCUUGAUUACUUUCCUUUAUGUCUUUCACAUUUUGGUAAGAGACUUAGCAUCUCGAGGUCAUCUCUAAGUGUUGGGCAGGUUUGUACUGAGUAGAGUGACUCAGUUCCCAGCCAUGGGGGUAGCAUCUCCUUGGACACUGCUUGGCUGUGUCUCUGACUCUGUGUGUGUGCGUGUGUGUGUGUGUGUGUGUGUGUGUGUGUUAUGUUUGUGUGCGUGCACACAAGUCUGAGAUGUAUCCUGGGUAUGUUGGGAUAUGUACGUGUUUGAGGAGUGUGUAGGAGUUUGACUGUGUGCCUUGGCACCUGUGGGGAGCAAGGGGCUCUUGCCUCACUGGAUCCCUUUCUGUUGUUGAUAUAAGCAACAUCUAGGCAGGCUGGGUCGAGGGUCCAGGCCCCAGGCCCCAGCCCAGUCCCUCAGAGUGGUGCCUGGAGAGUUUAUUCCCCAUGGUAACCAGGGUCAACGUGGCAUCACUGGCAGCUCAACAGCUGACCCUGACUUCCCUGUCCCUUUGCAGUUUCUAGCACCUGGCUUACUCCUGGGCACACAGUAAGCACUCAAUAAAUGUAUGCUGAGA